AUUUCAUUUUCGAAAUCAGUUAACGCUAGAUCUAAUUACGAUUGUGUUAAAAAACUUAAUAGUAUAAAAUGGAACCUUUAUAUUUCCUAGUAUCCUGGAUGGUAUUUCCAUUCUACCUCACCUUUUUAUCUUGGAUGUAUAUUCUAAGAAAAAUAGUAUUUGCAUAUUUAAAUAUGCGUUACCAUACGAAGCUUAUUCAACUAGAUAGUUCAGAUAUAAAUUGGGCCGUAGGUGAAAAAUAUCACAAUCUCAUUAAUAUCAUAAUGACGAUAAAUCUAAAAGACUCAAACGAUAAUAUUGUAACCGACAUUAGAACUACAAUAAAUGAAAAAUUGAUAGGAUAUCCUAAUAAGUAUGCGAAAAUAUUGUGUUCAUUGAAUUCCUUUUUGGGUUUUCCGUUUCUUCUAAGAGAAAGUGUCAUCGCUGACGAUUACAUAACUAUCAUAGACAUUGGACAAACAAAAUUCAAUUCAAUGAAAGACUUGAUGUUUUCUUACAGUUACAAACCUUUACCUUCGGACAACAAAUUACUUUUCGAAGUAAUUGUAGUUAAAGCUACAAAAGAAUGGAAAGAAGCUAAUGAUAUAAAGGAAUAUCAAGUUCCGAUGUUAAUAAGAAUAAAUCAUGUGAUAGCUGACGGUCUCUCGGCUAUGAAUUUGUUCGCACAUACAUUUGGUGAAAACGACGUAAAGCUGGAAGAAAGCCUUAAGAAUAUACCGAAGAGUCCAGAAUGGCAAAAACUUCCCAUUUUUCAAUACCUUCAGAAUCUUUUAUAUUUCUAUUUAGUACCAGGAUAUCUUUUGGUGAAAAAUUUCAGAGGUGAACUGAAAUCGCUAACAGGUCAAUCGUACGAAGGACCAAUGACGUCGUUUAGGCAAAAUGUUUCUUAUGGUACUGAGAAACCUGGAGAGGGUUUAGUUCAGAAAAUCAAAUCAAUGAAAAAGCAGAUUGGAGAUACCAGUUUUUCUGAAAUAAUACUAACAGCUAUAUCGGCCAGUCUAUACAAGUAUUAUCAAAAAGCUCUUUAUAAAGUACCCGAAUCUAUAUCGACAGCAAUAGUUGCAACUAAAGAUUUGAAACCUUUAACAAUAAAUGGGGUACCACAAUUGAGGAACCAAUUUGGCAUAGUACCUGUGCAAAUGCCCAUCAAACUCCAUACCGAUUCUAUGUUGGAAAGAUUGCAGGGAGUCAAGAAAUUUACCAGGAAAUUGAUGAAGGAUCCCUCCGAACUAAUGAUCAGCAAUUUCAUAACGUUUAAUUUGUUGAAAUUUCUACCAACACCUUUAAUUAAACGAUUGUUACCUCUAAAGGGUUACGCCACUGUGAUAAGUAAUUUACCAGAAUUUCCUAAAAUUGUCAUUUUUAAUGGACAUGUCGUAGAAGACGCGUAUUUCUUUACCUUACAACGAGAUGAAAUGUCUACUGGGUUUGCUGUGGUGAGCUAUGAUAGUCGAGUGCAUCUCGGAUUUGUCGGCGAUGUAGCCUCAGUACCUUCUAUAGAAGACUGCGACGGCAUCGUUAGCGAGUUUUUCAAUACAUUCGAUUUGCUUCAAAAGGAAAUAGACAAAAAGCGAACGAAUCCUUUAUAAAUGUUGAAUAUUCCCAAGCAAAUUUCAAAGUACGAAGUUAUUAUAGAAUAAAUUAAUAAAGUACAA